UCCCAUUUAAAGAACCUGACGUCUAAACAAUUUGACAUUUUAGAUAAACAUUGGCUCUUUUGCCUUUGACUGAAUCAUUAUUACUUGAAAUAAAGUUAGAGUAAACUGAAUAAAUUAAAAUGGACGUUAAUGAUCUUCAAUUGGAGGGAAUAGUAGCGUUUGAUGGGAUCACUAAAAAAGGUUUACAGUUGCAUCCGGACAAUGAGCAUUUGAUUUAUCCGAUGGGGAACAAAGUUACAAUCAAAAACAUCAAAUCAGGAAAGCAAAAGUUCCUUACUGGUCAUACAAACGUAAUUUCCGCAGUGUGCGUUUCUCCUUGUGGAAAAUAUGUUGGAUCAGGACAAAUCAACCACGUGGGAUUCAAGGCAAUGGUGAUCAUCUGGAAUUACAUCGAUGGAACCAUAAAGGGAAGUCAUGAAAUCCACAAGGCUCGUGUGGAAGAUGUUUGCUUUACCUGUGCUAGUAAUUAUCUCGUUAGUUUGGGUGGACGAGAUGAUGGUAACAUUGUAGUUUGGGAUGUAAAUCAGGGUGACGCAAUGUGUGGAUCAUUUGCCAGUACUGAAAUUGCCGGGGAUGCAUGGACGAUAACUAGAACGAACUUACGCGAUUUGUGUUUCAUUACUGGUGGAGACAGAACAUUAAAAGUCUGGCGAAUAAAUUGUGAAACUCGUAAAGUUUAUGGGGUGAAUGUUAAAGUAGGCAAGCUCAGGAGAUCCAUAAAUUGUAUAGUAGUUGAUGUCAGAGAUGAAAAUGCAUUCUGUGGUACCACUUCUGGCGAUAUUGUUCGGGCUAGACUCAACUAUUACCACAAUAUGGAGUUCAUGGAGCCAGUGAGAUCGCCAGUGAUGGUUGGGUGCUACUCAAAGGUUCCAAAGAAUUUGAAAAAACUUCAUACUGAAGCAUUUUUGUAUGGGGGCGGAGUUACAAGUUUGGCCCUAUUGAAUGAUGGUAGAUUAAUAGUCGGUGCAGGGGAUGGAUCUUUGGAGCUGGUUAAAAUAUUGGAGAAUGAGCCGGUUUCAAAUUUUGGAGAAGCAAAAUUAAAGCUUCCAACAACACCACAGAUUGUGACGCUUGCAAAAACCGAUGUCAAAAAUGUUGUCACAUCUUUGGUGUUGCACGAACAGAAAUUUGUAUUUGUUGGGACCGUCUUUUGUGAAAUAUAUCAGAUAAAUAUUGCUGAUUUCGACAUACGUUUGCUCGUCACCUGUCAUACUAAUUCGAUUUAUGAUAUUGUGUUUCCACAUAACUACUCUGAGGUAUUUGCGACGAGUAGUAAAGCUGAUAUUAGAAUUUGGAGGCUUGAAACGCAGAGUGAAUUACUCCGGAUUACAAUUCCAAAUUUUGUUUGUUCGACUCUAUGCUUUUCCUACGAUGGAAAAAUGAUCAUUUCUGGAUGGAAUGAUGGGCUUAUCAGAGCCUUCACCCCACAGACUGGCAGGUUAAUUUUUACUAUUCACAAUUCCCACGUAAAAGCUGUUUCUGCAAUUGCUGUAACUAUGGAUGGUAAUUUACUUAUUAGCGGUGGUUGUGAUGGACAGGUGAGAUUUUGGGAUAUAAAACCAGAGGUGCAGAAGUUAGCUUGCGUUUUAAAAGAGCAUAAGGGGCCUGUGACUGCACUGCAUAUUUCACACAGUAACGAGGAAGUGAUUAGUGCAAGUAGUGAUGGUACUUGCAUCAUAUGGCACAUAGCAAAACAAGUGAGAAGAACAGUUCUUAUGGGAAAUACGAUGUAUAUGGCAGCUUGCUUCAGUCCGAACGGAGUACAGGUAUUGACAUGUGGAACAGAUCAUAAAAUAGCUUAUUGGGAGACUCUAGAUGGGUCGCUGAUCCGCGAUGUAGAAGGAUCGAGUGUCGGGGCUUUGAAUUGUUUGGACAUAAGUCCAGAUGGUCUGCAUUUCGUGACUGGCUCAAACGACUGCAUAGUUAAGUUGUGGGAUUAUCAUACGGCUGAAACAACAGAUAUAGGAGCUGGACAUGCGGCUAUAAUAACGGCCUGCAAAUUCAGCCCUGACAGCAAGCACAUAGUGACUGUGAGUGCGGAUGGUGCGAUAAUGAUUUGGAAAUCCCCAUUUGAACCAGUUUAUCCAAAACCACUUGAAAGCUACAGGUCUAGGUCAACUUGCAGCAUCAGGGAAGAGGAAUGGCAAAAGUUAGAUCUUGACAAAAAGACCAAUGAACAAGCCGAUGAAAACGUUAUGGAGAUUUCAUCCAGGACCAGGGAUUCAGAAAGCAUUCGAACCGUUCAUUCGGCCUCUGCAAGAACAAACAAGUCCAAUAAUACCCUCGAAAAUACGUACACAGAAAGAGCACAGAGUGCUGAUAAAAACAGGCUGGAUCAUAAGUCAGAUCGAUCCACUAAUUCCAUCGGUAGCAGAAGUAGGGGCAAAAAACUGCAAGCUACUGCAGAGUCUUGUUCAAAUUCUGACAGACCUAAUAGAAAAUCGUCAACAGCUGCCUGUUCUCCAUCAGUUAAUUCAAUGCUUUCAAAAUUCAACUGUGAUAGAAAAAACAUUCGAUUAUCGAGCGCAAACGCAAAUACUUCUGUGAAGACGCCAAAGUGCCAGACUAAAGAAGCUGAUUACACCUACAGUACUUGUGUAGGGAAAUAGGGAGCCGAUUAAGUUGAAUCAUCUUACGUUUUCAUGUCAAAGUUAUGUACGAUUUGGUUCACAGUGAACACAACUUCCAGACAUCUAGACUCACUGCAGUUUAAUUAUUUAAGAUUAAAAGUUCAAAAGAUUCAGACCCCUGCAGCAGGCAACUUAAUUUUGUAAU